AUGUCGUCGAUCAAAGAGGAGUUAAUCUGCGAGCAGGAAGCAGAAUCGCAAGUUUUGCAAAUCGCCGAAGCCGCCAUCGACGGAAUCGAUAUGGAUGGGUUGAAGAGUAUGACACCAGGAUUGACGGAAGAUGCCAGAUUAAAAGCCGUGAAUGCUCUUCUAAACUCAAAAAAAGUGAUUCUAGAGCAGAUGCCAGGCGGCGUCCUUCGAGUUAAAGUGAAUUCGAGUCAACAGAUUGCUGGAACCGAAGAGGAGCAGGCGAUUUACACCCUGAUCGAAGAAUCGAAAAAUCGUGGAAUUUGGAUAAAGGAACUUCGCGAAGGAACCGGACUCAACCAGCUUCAACUCAGAAAAACCCUGAAAUCCCUCGAAACCAAGAAACUGAUUAAAACUAUAAAAGCAGUUGGAUCAACGAAAAAGUGCUAUAUUCUCUUUGAUUUGGAACCGGAUAUGGCGUUGACAGGCGGUACAUUCUAUUCGGACCAGCAAUUGGAUUCGGAACUAAUCAAUACCCUAAUCAGUGUUUCUGGAUCCUACGCGGCGAGUCGGCGGAAGCUAGCGUUAGAGGAGUAUCCGAAUAAUAUUCAAAUGCAGAGAGAAACCAGCUAUAUUCGACCACAGGAGAUCGCUCAGUUCAUCACCGAAAAACGUUUGCUCAACGUUCCUCUCACCAUCGAAGACCUCGAAAGAAUUCUAGAAGUCGCCGUUCUAGACGGAACCAUCGAACGACGAGCCGAUGGCAAAAUCCGUGCGUGUGCUCCCCGUUCAAGCAUCUCUCCAUUGGUGUCUGUCCCGUGCGCUGUUUGUCCGGUUGUCGAAGACUGCCGACCUGGAUACGUGAUCUCACCACAGUCAUGCGAUUAUAUGAAAAAUUGGUUGGCCGAGUUGUGA